CACUUUCUCUCCAUGGAAAUGGAAUCCACGCUGCACGUCCCCCAAACCGAAACGACGUCGGUUUGGACCGACGAGAAGCACCUCCACUUCCUCAACACCAUGGAAGCCUCCUUCGUCCGCACAAUGCUCCACCGCCACACCCCUCUCCGCCUUGAUCGCCACCUCCCCGACACCUCCGAAUCUACUUUGGACUCCAAACCCAUCCGUAGACUCAAGAAACAUCCACCCUCAGAUUCCAUGGGUCAAAGGGCUAGAACGGGAAGCAGAAGAACUAGAGGGAGAUCAUCUCAGCUCCAGAAUUCACCACCGGAGCAGGCCGUCGUACAAAUAGAAAGUGAAAGGGAAAGUGCUGCUUGCUUGCGUUGAAGGAGAGGAUGAUAAAAGAACAGAGAAAUAAUGUUUAAUUAGGGUAUGAGAACCUGCCUGCAAAAAAAAAUUCAUGGAUUUUCUUUUCUUUUCUUUUUCCUUUUAUUAGAAAUUCUUUCACCGUCUCUUUCUCUCUCUCUCUCUCUAUCUCUGGUUUUUAGUUUUGUUAGUUUAAUUUCUCGACAAUUAUCAUGUAUUGCAGCAAAAUCUAGUCACUUAUUUUCUUUUAACUUUUUUGAGCUCUAUCUAUGUCUAUUCUUUUGGUACUCCGUAAUUAUACUUGGUUGGUGUUAUUAUUUAAUGGUUUUCACUU